UGGCCUCCUCUCCCCCCCCCCCCACUUCCGGGUCUCGCGACCAGCUGCUCGCUGGUCGGUUCCGUGACAUUUUCCUUUCGUUUUCAAGUAUUCCACCGUUGUUAUCCGGGGCCGCCCGCCGUGUUGUAAAUCGUCGACAAGCUCCGACUCGGGAUGGACUUCAGCGAGUGCUACGAGGACUCCGUGUCCCUCGUGGCCGCCGCGGCUCGCAGCGGGUCCAGGAGGCGACUGAGGCUGCUCAUCCGCCAGGGUCGCAGCGUCCACCGCGCGGACAACCGAGGCUGGAGGGCCCUCCACGAGGCGGCCGCCGCCGGCGACGUCGGCUGCCUCAAGGAGAUCCUGUCUGCGGUCGCCAUGACUGGCGUCUCGUCGGCGGCCUUCAAGGCCUACGUCAACUCCAGCACCCACGAGGGCGAGUCGGCCUGCUACCUGGCGGCCGAACGGGGCCACCUGGACGCCGUCCUCCUCCUCCUGAAAGCCAGGGCCAACGCGGACCAGCUCACCAACGACCUCUCCUGUCCGCUCUACGCAGCGGUUAGCAACGGCCACGGGGACGUGGUGCGCCUCCUGCUGGCCAAGGGCGCCAAGGUCAACGGGUCGCACACGGCUUCCUGCUGGACGUGCCUCCAUCAAGCCGUCUAUCGGGACCACGUGGACAUCGUGAGCAUCCUGGUCCUGAAGUCGGCCAACCUGGAGGCGCGUGACGACUACAACAUCACGCCGCUCUUCCUGGCGGCGCAGUACGGGCGGCGGGAGUGCCUGGAGGUCCUGGUGCACGCCGGCGCCAACGUGAACACGCAGGCCUCGGACCUGGCCUCGCCGCUCCUGCUGGCGUCCCAGGAGGGUCACCUGGCUUGCGUGGACUUCCUGUUGGAGAACGGCGCCGACCCCAACAUGGCGUGCAGCCGCGACUGGCGGCAACUUCCCAUCCACGCCGCCGCACAGUUCGGCCAUCUCGGGGUUCUCCGGAGGCUGAUCGGCGUCACGGAUCGCAAGUGCGACCGCGGCGAGUGCUCGAAGAGCCCCCUCUGCGUGGCCGUGCACGGCGGCCAAGCGGCGAGCGUGAAGCUGCUUUUGGACCAAGGCUUCAGUCCCGACGGCCAGGACUGCGACUGCGACUGCGACUUCUGGAUGGACUCGCCGCUCUCCCUCGCCUUGAAGCAAAGGUUCAGUGAGGCGGCGGGGAUGCUGCUGGCGGCGGGAGCCGGUUUGCGUAUGUCGGAGUGGGGAAUGGUGUUGGCCCAGGACAACGCAGACAUGCUGAAACUGGUCCUGGACCACAGGUGGCUGCGGCCCUCGAGCGAGGAGGCGGGCGGCCGCCGCAAGACUGCGCUGGAGACGGAGGAGUUGGAGGAGAUGUGGACGGUGGCGGAGGGCCGCCUGAAGUCCGCCGGCACCUGGCUUCCGCUUCUCCUCAAGGCGGGACUGGAACCUCGUCUUGCGCUGGGCCGCGGCAUACUGGAGGAGGCCGACAGCGAUGUCCUGAACUUUUUCCUCCAGUUCCGCAACUGGUCCACGAUGGACCCCGUUUCCCGAGACCUUCUGUGCCGAAGACGGGCGGAGGGGACGUGGCGACCGCUCCCGCAAUUUGACUCGAUCCCGGACCUUUCGCACCUGUGCCGACUGCGCGUCCGGACGGUGAUCGGUCCGGACGUGGUGAAGAGGAGGGACGUGGUCCGGGGGCUCCCCGUGCCCGAGCUCCUCCGAGACUUCCUGCGCUUCGACGACGUUCAAAUGCCGGCUGUUUGAAACGUGCCCGCUGCACAAAGGGCGAGUUCAGCGCCAGUGGAAUUUGUAUAUUUUUCAAAGUUGAAACUGAUAUAUGAAAAACAAUCACGUUAGAGUUUAUACCUUUCUGAAAUAAAAUCAUUCAUGUGA